AUGGCAUUGAACAUUUGUCCUGUCGAUAGUGAUAAUCAAUUCAACAUUCGAGUCGAUGUUGACUGUCGAGCAUUCGACUUCACCUUGCUCUUCGAAGACGCUAUUUUCAAUAUUUUGCCGUCAGUCGCUUUCUUACUAUGGCUCAUCCCUCGACUCGAGAUCCUACGACGGUCCCCCGUGAAGUCCAACUCCCUCAAAUUUGCAAUCUAUAAAUCGGUUCUACUAUUUGUCCUUUUUGUGCUGCAGAUUAUCUUCACAGUGUACCAAGUGCAAACUGUAGCGCUACACACCAAGAUCUCGACUCCGGCAGCAGCGAUUAACAUAGCCAUAACCCUCGCAGCAAUCAUCCUGUCCUUUCUUGAAGAUCAACGAGCGAUCCAGCCGUCUGACACGCUCAUCGUUUAUUUUUCGGCCUUGUCUAUUCUCUACAUACCUCACUUACGCACGUUAUGGCUCAUUCCCUCCAUUCCAGUUCUUCGAGGACUGUUCACCGCCAUCUACAUCAUUGUCAUCAUGAUUACUAUCCUGGAGUCCGCUCGGAAAGUCAACUUCAUCCAGCCACUGUACAGAAAUGUGGCGGUCGAAAAGGUCCACGGUUUUUGGGGACGUAACCUCUUUGUCUGGGUCCUCCCGCUGUUCCAGAACGCCUAUAAAACCAUUAUCUCCCUGGACGAUCUGCCAGAUGUAGACUCCACGCUACUGGGGCAAUACGCAGAGGCACGCCUGGCGCAGACCUGGCUUAACGCCCACGGAAAGUACCGACUGAUCAAAGCGACUUUACGAGCGUACUGCCGGCCCCUUCUCUCCGCGAUAGUCCCGCGGAUUCUCCUCGCAGGAUUCACCUUCUGCCAGCCCUUUCUGCUUUCCGCCACCAUCGAGUGGAUGAGUUCCCCGAAGACCGCGGAGAGGCAGCGAUACGGACAUGCAUUGGUCGGGGCAUAUGCGCUCGUUUACACCGGAAUCGGCGUCUCCACGGCGAUUUACUACCGCCAGGCCAGCCGCCUGGCGACCGUCGUCAGGUCGGGCCUGGUUGCCAUGAUCCACGAGCAGACUCUGGCGCUGCGAAGUACAACCGGCUCAAAGGCCGGGGACGCCGUCGCCCUCAUGGGCACGGACACGACACGUAUCAUAUCGAGUAUGCGGUCGCUGCAUGAGUUCUGGGCCUCUCUUGUCUCUGUGGCGGUCGCUAUCUGGCUGUUAGAGAUGAAAGUGUAUGUCGCUUGCGUGCUCCCGGCCGUCAUUGCCGUGGGGUGUAUUAUUGCCACUGGCCCGGUCUCCGCUAGAUCCGGAGAUGCGCAGAAGAAAUGGGUGGGACUCAUUCAGGAACGUUUGGCGGUUACAACCACGAUGCUUGGAGAUAUGAAAGCUGUCAAAAUGUUGGGACUUGAAGUCGUCUUGUUUGAUAUCGUUACUCGGUAUCGGAAGGUUGAGCUAGAAGCCUCUAAGCGAUUUAGAAAGCUUAUUGUGGGAGUCGUCAUGCUAUCAUCUGUUCCUAUGGACUUUGCACCGUAUGCGGUCUUUCUCUUGUAUACGAUUAUAGCUUUGGCCAAGCACGAUACGCAGAUCCUCACUACGCAGGCAUUCACAACACUUUCUCUCAUCUCCCUCUUGACGACUCCUCUGAUGGGGUUCAUUCAGUCACUGCCCACAAUAACACAGUCUAUUGGCUGCUUCGACCGGAUUCAGAAUUAUUGCCUGCGAGAAAGAUCAAGUGAAUUACUUCCUACCCAGACGAAAUCCGAAUUUUCGAUGGGUGAUAGUGUCGAACUUUCUAACCUUUCUGGGGCUACCAAGGCCCCUGGAAUAUCAGUUUCGUGCGACAAAUUUGUGUCGUUCCAGAACACAUCCAUUUCUUGGACAGCUGAAAGCCCUGCCGUUCUUCACGACCUAACUCUGUCCAUCCCUACAGGUAAGAUUACCAUGGUCGUGGGUUCAGUCGGGUGCGGAAAAUCCGCUCUUCUAAAUACGAUCAUGGGGCAGACUCAGAUUGACCAUGGCACUAUGUACCUUGCCCCGGAAAAUAUAGCGUAUUGUCCACAGACCCCUUGGAUUCUCAACAGUUCCAUCCAGGACAACAUAACUGGGUGGACGACAUUAGAUCAGAAAUGGUACGAUAUUACCAUCUCGGCUUGUGGGCUUGUGGAAGAUAUCAGCAAAUUUCCCCAAGGAAGCAUGCACAUUGCUGGUAGUAGUGGAAUAGCUCUCAGCGGCGGACAAAAGCAGCGAGUGGCUCUUGCGCGCGCAGUCUACUCUCGCCUCCGCAAUGUGGUUUUUGAUGACACAUUCAGUGGACUAGAUGCACAAAAUACUCGUCUCAUUGGCGAGCGUCUAUUUGGGCGUGAUGGGAUCCUCCGACGGACAAGUACAAGCGUGGUUCUUGCGACUCAUAAUCGAUCUCUGCUUCCGUAUGCGGACGAAGUCAUUCUCCUCGAAAGUGGCCGUAAAGUUCUGCAAUGCACAUACCAGGAAUUGAUUGACCAGCGGCCCGAGUAUACACAGUCUAGCCUUGGGGACAAAGAUGAUGACGCAGUGAACACACAACCCAACGAAAUAACAGAACCCAAACCGCUUUCAAGACAUGUAAGUAGGCAAGGAAGUGAAUACGAGUCCACCGAGUUGAAGAAAAGCCUGGCAAGGCGAGAUGGCAGCUGGUCCAUCUACAGCUACUACGCCCGCAAAGCAGGGCUUCUACAUGUCGCCUUCUUUGCCGCAUUCUUUCUUGCAUACGCCUUCAUGACUCAGUUCUCCUCAAUUUGGUUAAAAUGGUGGUCUGAUGCAAAUGAGGCUCAUCCGAAUUCGGAUGUGGGCAAAUACCUCGGGGUUUAUACGGUCAUUUCUCUGUUGACUAUUCUCUUCCUAGGAGCCGGGUCCUGGAUGUUGAUCGUCGAAGUUGUCGGCACCACUUCGCUAGCUCUGCAUUCAGACCUAUUGCAAUCUGUUCUACGUGCCCCCUUCAGCUUCUUCCAGAAAACCGAUAGCGGAAGUAUCAUGAACCGGUUUACCCUCUUCCUCUGCGUCGUUAGUCUGGUCAUCCUCUGCGUGGUCGGCAAAUACAUCACCAUUGCGCUCCCAUUCAUUAUACUCGCGAUCUGGGUCCUCCAACAUGGCUACCUCCGGACCUCCCGCCAGAUCCGCCUUUUGGACAUCGAAGCCAAGGCACUCCUAUUCUCCCACUUCCAAGAGACCGUCAGCGGACUCUCGGUGAUCCAGAGCUUGCAGUGGCAACCGCAGUUCCACCAGCAAUGCCUUGCCAAGCUCGACGUCACCCAGAAGCCCUUCUAUAUGCUGUUCUGUAUACGACAGGGCCUUAAGCUGGCGUUGGACCUGCUCGUCAUGCUCUUCGCGGUAAUCCUUCUCGCAGUGAUCACCGCCCUGAAGGACCGGUUUAGCCCCGGCGAAAUCGGUGUGGCGCUAAAUCUGAUCAUCUCCAUCAGCCAGAACAUGAACACUGCCAUCGAGACGUGGACAGAGAUGGAGAUUUCACUCGGGGCAGUGGCACGCGUGCAGGAAUUUAUGAAGGAGACGCCCGCCGAAGCAUCAGAGGGUAUAGAAGCGGGAUGGCUAACGCACGCAGAUAUCCGUUUCGAGAAUGUCAACGCGGGAUAUAGUCCUCAUGAUAAACCUAUUCUCUCAGAUCUCUCAUUGCACAUUCCCUGCGGUCACAAGAUCGCUGUCUGCGGACCUUCUGGCAGCGGGAAGACCUCCCUCAUCAUGACCCUAUUACGCAUGCUGGAGCCCUCCCAGGGCCGCAUCACCAUCGACAACGUAGACAUCUCCACCAUCCACCCCGCCGCGCUCCGUUCACAGAUCACCGUCAUCCCACAGGACCCCUUCUUCCUGCCCGGCACGCUGCGUGAUAGCUUCAACCCCACAGGCACACUACCGGAAGAGCGGAUCGUCGCCGCUAUCCAGAAAGUGGGCCUCUGGGAAUCGAUGCGCGAAAAGGGCGGGCUGGAUGCCACCCUCGAUGCGCUGGACUGGUCAUAUGGCGAGAAGCAACUGUUGGCACUGGCCCGGGCGUUGACUACCCCGAGCCCGCUGCUUAUCCUGGACGAGGCGACUAGCCGCGUCGACUGGGAAACCGAAACCCGGAUGCUCGAGAUAAUCGAGCAGGAGUGCGCGGAGCAGACGGUCAUUGCCGUCGUGCAUCGGUUACAGCAUAUCGAGCGCUUUGAUCGUAUAGCGCUUCUACAGAAUGGGGCACUGGUGGAGUUUGAUGCCCCCGGGGCGUUGUUGGGGCGCGAGUCGGAGUUUCGGAAGCUUUAUACUGCGUCGCGGAAAUGA